CGAUGUCCGACAAAUCGAACAAGGAGCGGAAGUGCAGCAUGAGAGAGACGAGUGAUGAUUCGCGUAUGAAGUUAGUUAGGCUCAUGUUCAUUUAUAUGACCAUUGACGGAAGAAAUUGAUCGGUGAAGUUUCCUUCUUUGGGAUACCGGGAUAUCAGACAGUCCUCCCGGACUAACCCGUCACUUUCUCAGCGAGCAGGAACAACUCAGCCAGGAUGGAUCCAGCUCUACUGAGGGAGAGGGAGCAGUUCAAGAAAAGAGCUCUGUCCAAUCCGGCCGUAGAGAAGAGACAGGCCGCCUCCGACUCGCACAAGCGGAAGAAGCCCAGAGUUGACAAGGAGGGCUCCUCCGGGACCAAACACGGCGCUGAGUCUAGUAAUGGCAGCUUCAACAUCAAGACGAGCUCUGGGUACAAGUUUGGCUGCCUCGCCAAGAUAGUCAAUUACAUGAAGACGAGGCAUCAGAAUGGCGACACGCACUGCCUGACCCUGGAGGAGAUUCUAGACGAGACCAAACUUCUCGACAUCGGCAUGAAACAAAAGCAUUGGCUCAUGACUGAGGCCCUGGUCAACAAUCCCAAAAUCGACGUGCGCGACGGGACGUACGGAUUCAAGCCCAAGUACAACCUGAAGGACAAGAAGGCCUUACUGAGGCUGCUGGACAAGCACGACCAGCUGGGCCUGGGGGGGGUGCUGCUGGACGACGUGGAGGAGGGGCUGCCCAAUUCAGCCAAGGCCAUCAAGGCUUUGGGCGAUCAAAUCAUCUUUGUGACAAAACCAGAUAAGAGGAAGAUCCUCUUCUACAACGACAAGCAUUGCCAGUUCAAGGUGGACGAAGAGUUCCAGAAACUAUGGAGGAGUGUUCCAGUGGAUUCCAUUGACGAAGAGAAGAUCGACGAGUACCUGAAGAAACAAGGCAUCUCCUCCAUGCAAGAAACCGGACCAAAGAAAGUGCUGCCGGUCCAGAAGCGGAAGAACAAAGGCGGGCAGAGGAAGAGGCACUUCAAGACCCACAACAACCAUCUGGCCGGCGUCCUGGAGGACUAUUCGGAAGGCGUUCCUGCAAAGAAGUGAGGCUCCUUUUCCCCCCCAGAGAAGAGGCGGAGCCCCCGACCAUGCAACAGCUCGCAGGAGAUUUUCAUGGCCGUCUGUUUUCCUUUCUCUGCACUCUUUACAGAAAGUGUUGUGCAAACCUUUUUUAUUUUGUUUAUUGUGACAAUUGGAGGAGAGGAGCACAGAAACCAUUUAACCAAACCCACCAUCCUUACAGAAGGCAAGCCGCCACAACUGCAACCCCAGGUUUCUUCAUUUAAUUCAGUUUAAUGCAAGGAUUUGUGUGGAAGCUUUUAUUUUGACGGGCUGCAGUCAUGUGGUGGAAGCCUCCCCUCGCUUUAAUGGCCGCCGCAGCAGACGUGUGUCGCUCGGGUUGUGCAGCGCAUCUCAUCCAGCAGGAACCAGCCCACUUCUUGUGGACUUUCAAUUCCUUUCACUUUGCAGCGUAGGUGUUAUAUUACAACUGUUUUUGAACUUAUUUUAAUAAAUGACAGUGUUACAAGAUA